AUGGCCUCGAGGUUCGGCCUCGGCCGGCCACGAGCCGGGUCUCAGAAGCGAGGCGCGGGCGCGGCACCGAAGGAGCCCCCGAGCCUGGCGGUGUCCGGGGCCGCGGCCGCCCGCGCGGCCGUCGCAAGGCCCACAGCGGCGCCGCCGAGCCUGACGCGAGCGCUGCCGAAGGCACGCGAGGGCAGCACAGGCGGCUCUGCGGCGAGGCCGCCGCAGGGGCGCCGGCCCGCCGCGGCCACGCCACCCGCACCAGAGGUGGCCGCAGCCACGCGGGUGCAGGCGUGGUUUCGCGGGGUGCUGGGCCGGCACCUGGCCGCGCGGCAGCGGGCACGGGUGGAGCAGGCGAGGCUGGAGGAGGCGCACGAGCGGGCGCUCCGCGCGAAGCGCGAGGCCGCCGCGGCCGCCAGGCGCGAGGCCGAGGAGGCCAAGGCGCGAGAGGCGCGGGCCCGGCAGGACGCGCAGCUGCGCUCGUUCCGGGACCGCCGCUGCGCCGCCGAGGAGAUGCUUCAGGCCCUGCCUGGCCGCAGCAUGGACUGGGAGGAGAGCUCCGCCAUCCUGUUGGAGCUGCUGGCGGAGCGCCGGCCGGCAAUGGAGAGGUGGCUCGGCGGGCACGAGUCUCGGCGCGGCGCUCGGAAGCGGUACCUGCUGCUGGCCAGGAGGUGGCACCCUGACAAGUGGGCGCUGCACGGAGAGCACUGCGCUGCUGUGGCCACGGACGUGACGAAGUGCUUGGUGAGGGCGUACGAGGAGGCAAACCGUGAAUUGCCGCGCGACGCCUACACCGUCACGUGCGACGACGAGGACGAGGACAGGGAGGUCUACGAGUUUGCGAGCUGGGUAGGGAUAUCGUUUGACGGCAUGGUCGACGAGUGGAAGAAGCGGAAAGGGGUGGCAGCUGGCCGCUGA